AUGCCCCGCUGGGACCCCCGGGAGCUGCCCAGCCCUGGAACAGCGGGAGCGGCGUGGGGACUAAACUGGGCUGCACUGGUUUGAACUGGGAGGGGGGACCCGCUGGGAUUGGGGGGUCCUGAUUCCCGUUUCCCCCCAGGCUGCCGCUGCAGGGGAGGGACCAUGGGGCUCCCCGCGGCCCCGCUGGUGCUGCUGCUGCUGCUGCUGCACCCCAUGAGCUCCGUGCUCCUCUUGUCCCCCUGCUUCCCCUUGCCGCUGGACAUUUCCGAGGAGCUGGACCUGAGCAACAGGAGCAGCGGCUGCGCCGAGCUGGACUGGAGCCCGUUCCACCGGCACCGCCGGCUGCUGCUGAGGCACAACGGCAUCGAAGCCCUGAGCCCCUCGGCCCGCCUGGGGCCCGGCGUGGAGGAGCUGGACCUGGCGGACAACCGGCUGCGGGAGCUGCCCCGCGGCUUCUUCAGCAACGCCACGGCGCUGCGGAGCCUGCGGCUGGAGGGGAACCCGCUCCGCGCCCUGCCCCGCGCCGCCUUCCAGCCCGCGCUCAGCUCGCUGGCCGUGUCCUGCCGCUGCGACCUGCUGGCCACCGUGGUGGCCCCGUGUGCCCGCGGGGGGAUCCGCUGCCUGUGCUUCACAGCCAGCCGCCGUCCCUUCAACGCCACGGAAUUCCACGCGCGGGAGUGCGGGCUCGGCGCGGGGCCCGUGGCCGGCGUGGCGGCGGCGGUGGCCGCGCUGGUGGCCCUGCCGGUGGCGGCCGCGGUUUGGUGGCGGCGGAGGAGAGCGGGGGCCGCGGUGGGCGGCGUGGGGAGGGGGAAGCAGGAUCCCGGCGGAAACCUGCGGCAGCCGCGCUACAUCAGCCGGGACGCCGGGAGCGGCCCCGCCGAUGCCGCCGAUGCCCCCGACUACGAGAACGUCUUCGUGAGCCCCGGCACGGCCCCGGUGGCUGCGCACGGGUGGGCACCGGCGCACGGGUGGGCACCGGCGUGGCAGGAGCCGCGCUACAGCCCUCAGGUCCCUCUGGAUGAGGAUUAUUUCCUGGAGCGCGCGGCCGAGCCCGGGGACCACCAGCCCAUCUACGCCAACACUCUGGGCCCCACCGAGGACAUCUACAUCAUCCCUGACCACUGA